AUGAUGAACCUCGAGCAAGCCAAAAAAGCCGUCAACGGUGUCUUCCAAUUCAACGUUCGACCCUCCUCCGAAACCUACACCGGUGAGGAAAAAACCAUCUCGUUCUACGUAGACAUGAAGAAACAAGGCAAGAUCAUCCGAGGUCAAGCACCCGCACAGCCCAAACCCGACUGCAUCCUCACCAUCGGCGACAGAGACAUGAUCCGUAUCGCCCUAGGUCAGCUAAGCCCCCAAAUGGCUUUCAUGAAAGGCAAAGUCAAGGUCAAAGGUAACAUCAUGCUAGGGUUGAGGAUGCAAACCGUGCUCAUGAACGAGGUCAAGAAGAUGUCCAGAGUGGCAAAGCUGUAA